AAUUUUAGUUCAGAAUUUAAAGCGUUUCAUUCGUUACAUAAACUGUGUACUUGUUGUUGAUUAAUUAUCGAACAUAUUUAUAAUUCUACAGUAGAAUACGGAGAUCUUUUCCUCCAUAUUAACAGAUUAAAAUCGGUAAAACGCGUUUUCCUGGCAUAUUUUCCUUUCUAUGCAAGGUCCAGAACCCCAGGACACUAUUGGCUCUCUCUCGCGAUGAAUCACAAUCAAAAUGAAAAUCACAUUCACGGCGUGAACGAAGGUCUUUCCCUCCCGCUCACCUUAGUUCCAUCGCUUUCAAUUGACACAAUGGAGCUGGAGGCAGACGGAAAUAGUCUGGCCGACGAACUGCUUGGUGUCGGUCUCCACUCCAAUAUCAAGGCUUCGCCGAAAUCACUUGCUCCCACUGUUAGCGACAAUGCUCUUAACACACUAAACGAGCUGCGUGAAGCAAAUCUACUGUGCGAUGCCCAGAUUUCGGUGGGAGAACAGGCUUUUAACGUGCACCGCGCUAUCAUGUGUUCCUGCAGCUCUUAUUUUCGCGCACAGUUUACGGGAUUCAAUGCCGUCAGUAGCGUAUGCGGAACAGGUGGAACAGGAAAAGAGAACCGCGUCAUCCACAUCCCCGGCAUAAGCGCCAGCAUCAUGAAUGGUGUCAUUCAGUAUGCCUACCUAAGGCAGACAAAUAUUAACGACGAAAAUGUUCACGAACUGCUAAUCUGUGCGGAUUAUGUUGGCAUGGUGGGUUUGGUUAAACAGUGCAAGGACUAUCUCAGCCAUACACUUACACCAGAGAAUUGUGUCAGCAUUAUGGGAUUCGCACGGUUCCGAUUUUUAGAGGAUUUAUACCAGAAGGCACGCAAUUACACCUUACGAUACUUCACGGAAGUGGCAGCUCGUAAUACAGACAUAAUGGAUAUGAACGUAAAGGACUUCUACAGCAUAAUUAGUGACGAUGAACUCAACACCCGCGAGGAGGACUACGUUUGGAAAUUGUGUGUCAAGUGGAUUGAUCGGGAUCCUGAAAUCCGCAAGCAGCACGUGGCGCACUUAAUGACCGGACUUCGACUUGGUCUAAUGACGCCAAAGUGCUUUAUGGAAGAGGUCAAGGAGCACCCUUAUGUUAUCCAGUGCGAGGCCGCUAAACCGCUAAUUGUCGACACCUUUAAAUUUUUGUAUGACUUGGACUUCCUAGAAUCUCAGGCCGACGAGCUUACAACGCCGCCCUUAGCAAUGCCGAGGUUGCCGCACGAGGUCAUUUUUGCGAUUGGAGGCUGGAGUGGUGGCACCUCAAAGGGUUGCAUAGAGACCUAUGAUACUCGAGCAGAUCGCUGGGUAAACAUCAACGCCGAGGAUCCUGCCGGCCCUCGCGCGUACCACGGUACUGCAGUCUUGGGAUUUAAAAUUUAUUCUAUUGGGGGCUAUGAUGGUGUCGAGUACUUUAAUACCUGUCGUGUAUUUGACGCCGUUAAAAAGAUAUGGAGCGAAAUCGCUCCGAUGCACUGCCGUCGAUGCUACGUGAGUGUGACUGAACUAGACGGGAUGAUCUAUGCGAUUGGCGGCUACGACGGACACAACCGUCUGAACACCGUUGAGCGGUACAAUCCAAAAACCAAUCAGUGGACCAUUAUUCCGCCGAUGAAUAUGCAACGAUCGGAUGCCAGUGCCUGCACCCUUCAAGGGCGUAUCUAUGCCACCGGUGGAUUUAAUGGGCAGGAGUGUCUGGAUAGUGCCGAGUAUUACGAUCCAAACACCAACGUGUGGACACGAAUAGUAAACAUGAAUCAUCGGCGGUCUGGAGUAAGUUGUGUGGCAUUCCGGGGUCACCUGUAUGUUAUCGGGGGUUUCAAUGGCACGGCUCGGCUCUCCACUGGCGAGCGAUUCGAUCUGGAGUCACAGACCUGGCACUUUAUUCGGGAAAUGAAUCACUCUCGAAGCAAUUUCGGACUGGAAAUCAUCGACGACAUGAUCUUUGCCAUCGGUGGCUUUAAUGGAGUCUCGACCAUUUCACACACUGAGUGCUAUGUACCUGAAUCAGAUGAGUGGAUGGAAGCCACCGAUAUGAAUAUCGUCCGUUCUGCCCUCUCCGCUAAUAAUGUAGCGGGGCUACCUAAUAAGCGCGACUACAUACACAAGGAGCGAGACCGUCUGAUGGAGGAGAGACGCCAACGACUCAUGGCCACCGCUUUGGCUCGAGAUGAUAUAGGGCAUGGUAGCCCUGGAAACUCGCUUGUGGAAACUAGCGAUGUAGCUAUAGAUGACUACGAAAGCCCUAAUGACGACGAAGAUGCUGACGAGCAGCGGCCACAACAGGAUUUUAUAGCGAACCCCGCAGGUCCUGAUCUUACACCGGCCGUUGUUCACGGCUUAGGACAUCCUCAACCGGCAGUCCCUCAUCUUAACCGUCUUCUAGAAGAGCGAGACAUUGAAAAUAAUCGGCGCUUUCGGGUGCAGCUGCGUAAUCAGCGCUAUGGUUCGCAUCAUGAGAUUCGUCGUCGCACCUAGAAAUUGGCGCAAUAGGCAUGCACCAAGUUGAAUUUAGGCUCUUAAGUGUCAAAGUUCACAUCCCUAAUUUGCCACACCUUUCCAAGCAAAAACGAAACCGCCCAUUAGAGGAAGCGUAAGCAUGGGUGUAGCCCACGCCAAUUGGAACCGUUUUUAUAGGUCACAACUAAAAACAAAACAGUACUUCCAACGAUCAAUUCGAUAUUCAUUACUUUUCAUAUGUAAUACAAAAAUUUGUAGACCAAAUUUCAGUAACUCAAAAUUUUGCCGAAUAU